AUGAUUAGCCCACGCAGCACUCUGGCUUUCCCAGCACUCUCUCGUCGUCCAGAAGACCAUCGUCGAUACCAAAGCUGUGCCGGCGUAGCGGCAGCUCCUUUGAACAGCAGUUCAACAACGGCAGACUUGCUUUCCUCUCGAGCACCACCGCAGGCUCACGAUCUCACCGAUUCAUAUUGGCAAAAGGUAGCCAUUUGGAAGGAGAUCUCCCAAGACGACUUUCUCAGCUAUCGAUGGCAGGCAGGUAAGCUGAUUCAAUUCCUCACGGCGGUCCUGCCACCUUGCAUCCCAGGACCUCGCAGCGCCCACGUAUCCCGGGAUGAGUUCCUCGAAGAUGUCCACGAAGGCAUGAAAGCCGCUCCGAUGUCAGUCCGACUCACGCCGCACGUCCUCAGCGUGGCCGACUGGAACAACCCUUAUGCGGAUCCCAUCCGCCGGCAGUUCAUCCCUCUGAAGUCGGCGAUGCGACCGGAUCAUCCAGCGUUAUCUCUUGACUCCUUGCACGAGACGGAAGACUCCCCCGUACCUGGUCUCGUUCAUCGCUACCCAGACAAGGUUCUCUUCUUAGCCACUACAGUCUGUCCAGUGUACUGUCGCUUCUGCACACGCUCAUACGCCGUCGGCAACAAUACAGAAUCGGUGGUCAAAGUCUCGCAGAAGCCGACCCGAAAACGCUGGGAAGCCAUGUUUGAGUAUAUUGAGAAGAAUCCUGCUGUCCAAGAUGUGGUCAUAUCAGGAGGUGAUGCGUACUACCUACAGCCGGAGCAACUUCAGCUCAUUGGCGAGCGUCUUCUUGCAAUCCCUCACAUCAAACGCUUCAGGUUUGCAACCAAAGGACUCGCAGUCUGCCCAAUGCGUAUCACGGAUCCCAACGAUCGAUGGUCGGAUGUGUUCAUUGACAUCAGCAACAGAGGCCGCGACUUGGGCAAGCAGGUCGCAAUGCAUACUCACUUCAAUCACCCGAAUGAGAUCACCUGGGCAACGGAACAAGCAGCUCGUCACCUCUUCGAACGCGGCGUGAUAGUGCGUAAUCAGAGCGUGCUGUUACGUGGGGUGAAUGACACGGUCGAGACGAUGUCCACGCUGAUUCGAAAAUUGGCCGAUCUCAACAUCCAACCAUACUACGUCUACCAAUCUGACAUGGUCCGCGGCGUGGAGGAUCUGCGCACGCCUCUGUCGACGAUCUUGGACCUUGAGCAGCAAAUCCGCGGCACUAUCGCGGGCUUCAUGAUGCCGGCAUUUAUCGUGGACCUGCCUGGAGGAGGUGGAAAAAGACUGGCGCACAGCUUUGAGCAGUACAAUCAGCAUUCCGGCGUGAGCACUUGGAAAGCACCUGGGGUUACUGGAGAUGAAUCGUUCACGUAUCAUGAUCCGAAAGGUGAAGGAUUAAUUUGA